AUGAGUCUACCUUCACGAGGAAAGCUGCAUUUUGUCUAUCUCACAGAUCCCUCAAAGGCAGCCAUAUCAUCACAUAAAGCGGCUAAAGCACAUGCCGCGCGUUACGGUCAUGCAAGGAUACGGAGACAGCGAAUGGAUGAGUACCAGGAAGAGAGGAAGAAGCAAGAAGGAAGCACUAAAGCGACUCCUAAAGCCGCGGCAGAGUCCUCGGCAAGCGGUAGCCGUUCAGCCUUGGCGGCAAACCCACGUUCCAGCUCUUACGAGAAUGAAGCCAGUCAUGUAAUGGUUCUCCAUCUUCCUCGCACUCGCCAAUCCCCUGUCUUGGAAACGUCCCCACUUUCUUCAAUACCUAAGAACAUCAAUUCUGUCUACGGAAACGAGAUCGAUCCUACACAACAAUAUCUUUUACAUCACUAUGUCAGCUUUGUUAUCCCUUUUGGCAAACGGCACUGCAGAAAAUACACGGACUCUAACGUGUGGAAACGCUUUAUGCUUACCGAGUUGCUCCCAGCUGCGCUGGCCAACCCUGGACUACUGAGCGCAAUUUUGCUUUCUGCUUGCCGCAGCCUUUUUGAAGAAGCCAAGAACAACCGUUACGUACAGUUAGCUACAUACUACAAGUUGGCUUGCCUGCGAUCUAUGAGUGAACUGCUCGCGACUCAAAAUCCUCAGGUGGGCGACUCAGCAAUAGCCCAAGCUUCUUUACUAGCAGCGGAUGAGCUCAAUAUCGGUGAUAAAGAUACUUCGAAGCAGCACAUGGAAGCAGCGAACAGGAUGGUUCUUAUGAAAGGAGGCAGCGCAACGCUUGGAAUGAAUGGCUUCCUCCAGGCCAUAGUAGAUACAUUGACUUGCGCGUUGUCACGCCGAGAUCCAAUGUUGAAUAUACAGGAUACGUAA